AUGUUGAAGCAAGGGUUGAAAAGUGUGGAAGCGUACUUUGAUGAGUUUGAGGACUUGCGGAUGAAGUCCAAGAUAGAAGAGCAUGAAGAGUACACUAUUAUAAGGUUUGUAGCCAACUUGAAUCGAGACAUCGCUAAACCAAUGAGGCUCAAAACCUAUAAUAGUCUUGAAGAGGCAUUCCAUGAUGCAUCCAAGGUUGAGGCGGAUCUAAAAGAAGAGAGGUCCUACAAAGACAAAAGCAAAUCAUCUUCAAAUUGGAUCAAAGGCAAAGAAAGUGGAAAACUUCCACUUGGGAUAAGCCCAAGAGCAACACUCAAACACCUCAAGCCAAAUUCGAUUACAAAGCCAAAGGUGAUGACAAGGCUAAAGGAGUGCCAAGGGAGAGGGCACAUUGCCAGUGAGUGUCCCAACCGGAGGACUAUCACAAUAGUGAGGGAUGGGUAUCGAACCGAUGAUGAACAUGAGGGCGGGGAUGGUCAUGAAGAAGAGGGAGAAAGAAGUGAGUGUGAGGGUGAUUCCGAUGAAGAGGUUGAGAUAAGGUAUGAAGAAGCCUUGAAUCAUGCUAUUGUGGCUAGAAGAGCCAUGGGGGCUCUAGCGAGGGAAGAGAGCGACCAAAGGGAGAAUUUAUUUCAUGCACGAUGCAAAAUUGUGGAUAAGGUGUGCUCCUUAAUCAUUGAUGGUGGAAGUUGUACGAAUGCCGUUAGCCAAUUUUUAGUUGAAAGUAUGAAAUUCCCCACCCGCAAGCAUACUAAUCCCUACAAACUCCAAUGGUUUAAUGAAUGUGGCGAAAUGAGGGUCAACAAGCAAGCCAUUAUCAAAUUUAGCAUUGGCAAGUACCAAGAUGAGAUUUUGUGUGAUGUGGUACCCAUGCAAGCUUGCCAUCUAUUGCUUGGAAGACCUUGGCAACUUGAUGUUGAUGCCCAACAUAGUGGGAGAACUAACAAGUACUCAUUUGUGGUCAAGGGGAAGAAGUACAUUCUUAACCCACUAACCCCUUACCAAGUGAGUGAGGAUUAUCGAGUGAUGAGGGAGCUUCGGGAGAAGUAUCAAAGGGAAGAAAAGGAGAAGGGUGAGAAGGAGACUUUGUUGGUCAUAAAUGGAGAGGGACAUCUCAAGAUGGUUCCAAGAAAUGUUUGUUGGCCAAACCAAGAAUAUGAAGCCUUAUUUCCGGAGGAAAUGCCCGAUGGCUUACCUCCCUUGAGAGGUAUUGAACACCAAAUUGACUUUGUACCGGGAUCCCAAAUUCCCAACAAACCGGCUUAUAGGAGCAAUCCGGAAGAAACAAAAGAAUUGCAAAGGCAAGUGGAUGAGCUCCUUAAAAAGGGGCUAGUGAAGGAGAGUCUUAGCCCGUGUGCCGUUCCGGUGAUUCUUGUUCCAAAGAAAGAUGCCACUUGGAGGAUGUGCAUUGAUUGUAGAGCCGUCAACAAAAUCACGGUAAAGUAUCGCCAUCCCAUUCCGAGGCUUGAUGAUAUGUUGGAUGAGCUUUGUGGCUCAAGUGUGUUUUCGAAGAUUGAUCUUAGAAGUGGCUAUCACCAAAUUCGAAUGAGCCCCGGUGAUGAGUGGAAAACAGCCUUUAAAACCAAUUUUGGACUCUAUGAGUGGCUUGUCAUGCCAUUUGGACUAACCAAUGCACCUAGCACAUUUAUGAGGUUGAUGAACCAUGUCUUGAAACACUUUAUCAACAAGUUUGUGGUUGUUUAUUUUGAUGAUAUCCUUGUGUAUAGCAAAUCAAUUGAGGAGUAUGUAGGCCAUUUGAGGCAAGUGUUUGAUGUCUUGUUGCGUGAGAGGUUGUUUGCUAAUAUGAAGAAAUGUGCUUUUUGUGUUGAUAAAGUGGUGUUCUUGGGUUUUGUGGUGAGUGCAAAUGGUGUGGAGGUUGACGAAGAAAAAGUGGAGUCUAUUAGAACUUGGCCAACUCCUAAAAAUGCAACCGAUGUGAGGAGUUUCCAUGGGUUGGCAAGUUUCUAUAGAAGGUUUGUAAAGGGGUUUAGUACAAUUGCCUCUCCCUUAACCGAAUUGAUCAAAAAAGAUGUUCCUUUUGUUUGGGGAGAUGAGCAAGAGAAGGCGUUUCAAGAAUUGAAAUCCAUGUUGAGUUCGUCACAAUUAUUGCAAUUACCCAAUUUUGAGAAAACUUUUGAAGUUGAGUGUGAUGCUUCCGGGGUUGGCAUAGGUGGAGUGUUGAUGCAAGAAGGCAAGCCAUUGGCUUACUUUAGUGAAAAGCUAAAAGGGGCGUCAUUGAACUACUCUACUUAUGACAAGGAGUUGUAUGCACUUGGGGAAGGAAAAUGUGGUAGCGGAUGCAUUAUCUAG